UAGACGACAUUAUUUACAUGAGACACAGAAUGGCAGCAUGCAAGUGCAGCUCAGUGCAAUCAACUUGACCUUUUAUGUUUCUGAAAUGAGACUAUGAUUACGACAUUGUGUUAAUGCAACGCCAUCCUAUAUCGGCUUUUUUUUUUUGAAAGGCAUAUUAGGAAAUGAUAUAAUAUUAACUGUACACUGAAAACAUUUUGUAUGUACAGUGGUUCACACGAGUCACCCACUUAUGAUGUUCACGUUCAAGACAUCAUGUCUGCGAAAGCUACCAGAGUUGUGUCGCAAGCAUUGCUUUUCUCGGACGUGUAUACAAGCCUUCUCGUCCAGACUGGUUUUGGGCAUCGAGACCAGCUGUGAUGACACCGGCGCAGCAGUAAUGGACGAGACAGGGGUCGUCCUAGGAGAAUUCCUCCACUCUCAGAAAGAAGUGCAUCUGAAGACUGGCGGCAUCAUUCCAACCGUGGCUCAACAACUACACAGAGAACACAUCGCUCAUGUUGUGCAGGAGGCUAUGAACAGGAGCAGGGUGACCCCUGGGCAGCUGUCGGCCGUGGCCACAACAAUAAUGCCUGGCCUGGCCCUGAGCUUAGGCAUCGGCCUGCAUUUCAGCCUCCAGUUCGUGAGGCAGCACAGGAAGCCGUUCAUUCCCAUCCAUCACAUGGAGGCGCAUGCGCUGACCGUCAGAAUGCUGCAACCAAUUGAGUUUCCAUUCCUUGUUCUGCUCAUCUCUGGGGGCCACUCGCUCCUGGCCUUGGCCAGGGGCAUCGAUGACUUCCUCCUUCUGGGUCAAGCGCUAGAUGAAGCCCCAGGAGACACCCUGGAUAAAGUGGCAAGACGUCUGUCUCUAACAAAGCAUCCAAGGUGCUCAGGGCUGAGUGGAGGGCAAGCCUUAGAGCUGCUGGCCAGGGAUGGGGACAGGAGCAAGUUCCCCUUCAAGACGCCUAUGGGACAACAUUACGACUGCAACUUCUCAUUUGCAGGCCUGCGCAAUCAGGUUAAUAUGGUGAUCAAGAAACAGGAGCAGGUGGAAGGUGUAGAGCCUGGAGCGGUGUUGUCGUGUGUGAAUGACAUCGCUGCUGCCACACAGCACACCAUUGCCUGUCACUUGGCGAAGCGCACACACCGUGCCAUCAUGUUCUGCAAAGCCAAGGCUCUUCUGCCCACAAGCAACCCCACCCUGGUGGUCUCCGGAGGCGUGGCCAGUAACCAGUACAUCAGGAAGGCUCUGACGGUCAUCACCGACACCACCGGACUGCAACUGCUCUGUCCUCCCGCCGCGCUCUGCACAGACAACGGAGUCAUGAUCGCAUGGAAUGGCGUUGAGCGUCUGAGGGCCGGGAGGGGGAUUCUGCCCUUUGACCAGGAGGUCAGCUAUGAGCCGAAGGCUCCCCUGGGGGUUGACAUCACAGCAGACGUGAAGGAAGCAAACAUCAAACUACCCCAAGUGAAGCUGAAUAUACCCGACUGAACCCGGAAACACCUCACCAAUAAACAUAGUCCUUUCUACCUUGUUCAAAUGACGAUUCAGACGUGGUGACGCCCAAUUGUUUGUCAAACAUAUCUGUAUUGUGCAGACAUGUUCUGCCAUUGUAAUGUGUACAUCAUCUUCUGUGCAAUAAUGCACACCUUUCAGCUAUAUAUGUAAUUGCAUUAAUAAUAAAAGCAUUAUUUUUCCAUG